AUGCUGCGCGUCUACCGCGCGUCGGGCGAUCUGCUGGCUGAGUUCACGCAGGAGGAUUUACAAAAACUCGCCAACGCAGACAAAUGCCCCGGGCACGUGUUAAAGAGGCAUUUGCAAACGCUUUGUGGCCAGCUGAGAUUCAAGCAAAGACUGCUGAAGGAGGGUUCCACUGUACACAACGAUGACGCUUUCCUCGAGCCUCCUCUCGAUUUGACGCUGGUGCUCGUACCUUUCGUGACCGCGAGCCAAGCCCAGAUUGAUGAGCUCAUCAAGGCUGCUCGGAGGGGUGAUGUGUCGGUGGUUGAGGACUGCUUAAACCGACCUCAAGAGCCAGACCCACCGGGGCAGAAAGCUUCAGCACUGCACCACGCAGUUCAAAAUGGCCAUGUGGAUGUGGCCCGUUUGCUCCUUGAGGCAGGUGCUAGCAAGGAUCGGACCACGAAAGAGAACAACACCCCUUUGUGUCUCGCAGCUGAACUUGAGCAUGCGGGGCAGGUGCAGUGCGUACAGCUGCUGCUGGAAUCACGUGCAGACGUGGAGAUUGCCAACAGUGAAGGCAGAAGCCCCCUUUUGCAAGCGCUGUCCAGCACAACUUCAGGUGCCUGGGCAGAGGUGGCUCAAUGCACCAAGGUUGCCGAUCUUUUGUUGAAGGCCCGUGCAAACGUGGAGAAAACGGAUGACCUGGGCAAGCCGGCCCUUGUCUACGCAUGCGAGAAGGGUUGCACAGAUAUGGUGAAGAUGAUUCUUGAGGCGGGUGCAGAGGUGAAUCAGCCGUGCACUCGGCAGCUCGGUGAUACAUCGAGGGGCUCCAGUGCUCUUCAUCGCGCAGCAGCACGGGGUCGCUUGGAUGUUGCCCGUAUGUUGCUUUCCGCCCGGGCGGAGGUGGAGAAGGUCGACGCAAACGGCUGGACGCCUCUCUUCAAAGCUGUUCGCCAUGCGCACUCAGAAAUGGUGCAGCUGUUGUUGGAUGCAGGUGCGGACAGGCUCAAGAAGGAUUCAAGCGGGGAAAGCCCGGCUUCGAUCGCCAAAGUUUUCGGAGACGAGGACUCGGCAUAG